AUGGACGGUAUUGAUCCUUGUGAUGACAACGUUCUUGAUGUUUUAACCACCAUUGGUGUUUACCAGCCUGAUAGACUAAAGAAAAUGGUUGAUGGAAGAGAGACAGUGGCGCAUAUUUUCGAGUAUACCACUCAAUUAUGUGUUACUCCUAGCAACCAGCUUCUCAGACCAGCUGAAAACAACGAUUCUUCACUCCCUCCUGUCCAGUUCAUUUUCUGUUUGAAGCAAAAGAACUCCAAGAAAAUCAAUUCUCACCGUUGGCUUUUCAACGCUUUCGGCCGAAUGCUGAACCCAGAAGUGUGUAUUUUACUUGAUGCUGGUACCAAGCCAGCUCCCAAAUCGAUUAUUGCCCUUUGGCAAGCAUUUUAUAACAACAAGAACGUUGGUGGUGCCUGUGGUGAAAUUCACGCCAUGUUGGGUAAAAACUACAAGCUCUUGCUCAACCCACUUAUUGCUGCACAAAACUUCGAGUAUAAAAUCUCCAAUAUCCUUGACAAGCCCUUGGAAUCGACUUUUGGAUUCAUCUCGGUCUUACCCGGUGCCUUUUCUGCAUAUAGAUAUGAAGCCAUUCGUGGAAGACCCCUCGAACAAUAUUUCCAUGGUGACCAUACUCUUGCUAGUCGGUUGGGCAAAAAGGGUAUUGAUGGUAUGAAUAUUUUCAAGAAAAAUAUGUUCUUGGCCGAGGAUCGUAUCUUGUGUUUCGAGGUCACUUUCAAAGCAGGUGACAAGUGGCACUUGACUUAUGUCAAGGCAUCCAAAGCUGAGACUGAUGUUCCUGAAGGUGUUGCUGAGUUCAUCAGUCAACGUCGUCGUUGGCUCAAUGGUUCUUUUGCUGCUUCCAUUUAUAGUGUGAUGCAUUUUGGCAGAAUUUACAAGUCUGGCCAUAAUCCUCUUCGUAUGUUGUUCUUGCAUAUUCAACUGCUCUAUAACAUGGUUCAAUUGGUGUUAUCCUGGUUCUCGCUGGCUUCUUAUUACCUUACCACUACAGUCAUUAUGCAAUUGGCUGCUGACCCAAAUGCCUUUGGUGGCAGCUCCGAUGCAAAGAGUUUCCCAUUUGCCAAGGACGUCAGCAACAUCAUAGCACUGGUAUUGAAAUAUUUGUAUGCUUCUUUUGUUAUUUUGUCUUUCUUGUUGGCUCUAGGAAACAGACCUAAAGGUUCUAAAUGGAGUUACUACGUUUCGAUUGUCGCUUUCGGUAUCAUUCAGUUCUAUGUUGUAGCCAUUUCAUUCUAUUUGGCAGCAACUGCGUUCACUGAACAGCCCAUUAGUUCGGUCAGCGAGUUCUUCAGUAAUUUCUUCACAUCAAUCACAAGUUUAAUUAUUGUGGCCCUCGGCUCGACUUUUGGUUUGUACAUUGUUUCUGGUUUCCUGUACCUCGAUCCUUGGCACGUAUUCCACAGUUUCCUGCAGUACAUGUUCCUUAUGCCAAGUUUCGUCAAUAUCCUCAAUGUUUAUGCGUUCUGUAACUGGCACGAUGUUUCUUGGGGUACCAAGGGAUCUGACAAGGUCGACGCAUUGCCUGUUGCACAAUCAAAGAAGGAUAGUGAUGGUCUUACUGCAGUUGUCGAAGAAAUCGAGCGUCCUCAAGGCUAUCUCGACCAACAGUUCCAGCAGAUUGUGGAUCGCGCACUGGCUCCGUAUGUAGCCGAAAAGAGUGUGGAAAAGAAGAGCAACGACGACGAGUACAAGAGUUUCCGUACCAAUCUGAUCAUUCUGUGGAUUUUCAGCAAUUUAGCUCUGAUUUUAGGUAUCACUUCGACUAAUGCUAAUGAAGUUGGUAUCACUGCUUCAGUCAGUCAUCGUACUACCUAUUUCUUCGCAUUUUUGCUCUGGUCCAAUGCCGUUAUUGCUAUUUUCAGACUGGUAGGUAACGUCGUGUUCUGCACUCGCAGUUGGUUCAAGGUAUGCUUUUCAAAGAGAUGA